AUGGGUCUGGGGGCUUUAGAGGAAGGAAGUGUCUUUCCUGGGUUUUUGGGGGAGGGGAAUGGGAGGAGAAGCCAGGUGUCAGUCUUGGUUGGUGGUGGGGAGGAGUGGGGUGAGGAAAGAACCGGGUUGUCAGUCAUGGUUGGUGGUGGGAUAAAGGGGUCUUUAAGGGUGGGGAGAUGGGGAAACAUAAAUCCGUUGGUUGUGGGGUG